CUUUCAAACCCCGGAUGUAAAUACCGGAGGUCGUCGUUUAGAGUUCAAAGUUGAGCUAAGUGGUUGUACACACACACACAAGUUAUCAAAGUUAUAAAAACGCGACAAGUAACAACAUGACUACUGAAGUGCACGAAAAUGUUCAGAAAUACUAUGGUACUCGGCUGGAGUCAUCUUGUGAUCUGCAAACCAAUGCUGCCUGCACUUUACCCUGUCGACCAUUACCCAAAAGUGCGGUAAAUGCACUUGCUCUUGUUCACCCAGAAGUUACUAAAAGGUUUUUUGGCUGUGGUCUUCCAGUUCCAGAGAAGCUGGAAGGCUGCAGAAUCCUGGAUCUCGGCAGUGGUUCUGGCAGAGACUGCUAUGCUCUCAGUAAACUGGUUGGAGAAAGUGGCCAUGUCACAGGCAUUGAUAUGACUGAGAAUCUGAUUCUUGCGUCACAGAAAUAUAUCCAGCACCACCAGGAGAAGUUUGGAUAUGCAAAUCCUAAUACCUCAUUUGUGAAGGGAUAUAUGGAGAAGCUUGGUGAAGCAGGAAUACAGAAGGACACAAUAGAUAUUAUAGUGUCCAACUGUGUGAUCUGUUUGUGCCCUGACAAGAAAACCGUCCUCCAAGAAGCCUACAAUGUCCUCAAGGAUGGUGGUGAAAUGUACUUCAGUGACAUGUAUGCCAGCAAAGUUGUACCUGACCUCUUGAAGAAAGAUCCAGUUCUAUGGGGAGAAGGAAUGGGCGGUUCUCUGUUUUGGCAAGACUUCAUCUCAUUGGUGCAAGAGGUGGGCUUCAGCACUCCAUAUCUGGUCACAGCUAGUCACAUCAUGGUCCACAAUUGUGAACUUAAGAAAAAAGCAGGUGAUAUUAAUUAUGCAUCUGGCACUUACCGACUCUUCAAGUUACCCCAAAACACCAGUAAGGCCAAUGCAAUGGUGACCUAUAAAGGGACUGUGCCAGACUACCCUAACCAACUUGACUUUGAUUCCUCACACUGUUUUAAGAAAGACGAGGCAAUCCAGGUUGAUGCAGAGAUGGCUUUGGUUCUUCAGUGCUCUCGCUUUAUCCCUGACUUCAGUAUCCAGGUGUUGGAUUGUCCUGAUGAAAGCCACAAUUUAACACCUCAGUACUGCCACCUUAAUCCUUUCUGCCUGGCUGACAACUUGGGCUCUACAGUAAAACAGUGCUCCAAAACGGGCCAGUCAGAAGGCUUUUAGGCCUGACCAUAGAUAGGCCUGACUACCAGGACUUUGCUGCACAUCCGCCUUUUGUAAUACUAGAAAGACAUUUUUUGAAUGUAUAGGGCACAGAAAGUAGCCAUUGUUAUCCAGCAUCUCAGUGCUGGACCACUUUAGUCUUAGAAAAAUAAAAGUAAUUGCCUUGAAUAAAAUAUGAUGUAUACGA